CAGUUUCUUGAACCAAAUUAGUCACUUUUCCUUUUUAGCAAGUAACCGUGCUUACAGGAAAACUACUACAGGAAAUCACAUGCAGCUGAUUAUCCACCCCUGUGGAUCUAAUUGUACCAUUCGGUGGUUUAUUCAGAAGGACUGGAAUACAACAACCACCUCUUUUUAGUCACACUAAUGACUUCAGCAUGACCACAGCAUGCUUGACUUGUUGGCUAGUUUUGAGUUUCAGCCUAAAAUUGCACAAAGAAUCUCUCCUUAAAAAGUGGAAAAGUCCUUGUCUGCUAACUGCAUUUUUACAUCAACUGUAUGUUAUCGCGGAAAAACAUCAUGGCAGAAUGCGUUCCAUCCAGAGCCACGGGAAUGGAAGGAGGAAUUGUGAUUAAAGAUGAUUGGCCCGGAUACAGUUUAGAGCUCUUCACUUAUCCAGAGCAUUACCGUGAAGAUAUAGAGAGUGUCUACAUUCCACAUGGGGUUAUCAUGGACAGGACGGAGCGCCUGGCCCGACACAUCAUGGAUGACAUUGGGGAUCAUGACAUGGUGGUGCUGUGUGUACUGAAGGGAGGGUACAAGUUCUGUUCUGACCUGGUGGAGUUCAUUAAGGUACAAUGCCGCAACUCCAACAAGCACCUGGAGACCAGAGUGGAGUUUAUUAGGCUGAAGAGCUACCUGAAUGACCAAUCAACAGAGGACCUGCACAUAAUAGGAAGUCAAGAUCUAUCUGUUCUACGAGGCAAGAAUGUCUUGAUUGUAGAGGCUAUAGUCGACACAGGAAAGACCAUGAAGGCCCUUCUGAAGCAUGUGGAGGCCUUUGAACCCAAGAUGGUCAAGGUCGCCGGUCUGCUGGUGAAAAGGGUCCCUAAUGUGGUUGGAAGCCUUCCAGACUAUGUGGGGUUUGAAAUUCCCAACCGUUUUGUCGUGGGCUAUGCCUUGGACUACAACGAAUAUUUCCGUGACCUGAAUCAUAUCUGUGUCAUAAGUGAGAUUGGAAAAGUGAAGUACAAGAUUUGAAGAGAAGUCACAUGGGUUGUUCAGAGUUUUCAACUUGUGGCAGCAUGACAAGUGCCUUCCCUUCUCAUAUCUUCGUUCGUGCUCUGUUGUGGAUUAUUGUUGGUUUAUUCAUUUCAUAAUAAGAGACACCUUGCAUGUGCUUUAUGCAAAACAUAUAAGUUCUGAGUUAUUCAAGUUACAUACAACCUUGAUUUCCAAAUUUUAAGACAGUCACACAGUGAAUUAUUUUUUUCAUUUUUUUUUUCAUAUGCUAUUGUUUUUGUAAACAUCAUAUUACAGUGUUGACAGAAUAUGCUUUAACGUAAUAUGCAUCUAUAACUUUAUAUGUAAAAUACUAAUGUUGUCACCAAUUAUCUAAUAUGUGCCAAGCACAAAAAAUAAAACAAGAAAGAGUCUGGGUUA